AUGGAAGCUUGGGUCAGCAAUAAGGUGUUGUGCUUGAACCUUGAUGCAUCCGUUUACGUCGAGUAUGCAUUCGGUCUUCUUCAAGAUGAAGACAUGGAAAUAUCGGAGCGUGUCGACAGCGUCAUUGCAGUCUUCAGCGGCGCCGCGGACGGCCUUGUAGCUCAAGAUAUUAUGGACAGCAUUUUGAACAAGUCACAAAUGAUGCAAGACGUUAAGACUCUCCUUCAGACUGAACAGCAACAGUUGCAAGAGCAAGAAGAGCUGAAGUUGGCAGAGAUAAAGCUUAAGGACCUUCAGAUUCGUGAGAAACAAUGCCAAGAGGCUGAAGAAGCUGCAAAACGCGAGAAGCAGAAGGCUGCGGACCGCCUCAAGAAUAUGUCGCGUGAAGAAAUUGCUGCACGGGAGCAGCUAUUAAAUGAAUAUGGAUUUACAGUCAUGUCAGAAUUUGAUGAAGAAGGUAAUGUAGUGAAAAUUAAGAACAAGGAGAAGAGUUCAGAAGAUGUGGGACCAAUGAACUCAAACAGACAGCGAGUGGAAGAGGCACAACACGCUAUGAGGGACAAGAUGAAGAAAGAACAUGAGAAAAAGGUCAAGUAUGAAAAGGAGCUACUUGCAAAAGAUAAAGCCCGAAAGGACAAAGCAAAGAAGAGAACAAUGAAACGAGAAAAGCAGCGUGGCUGUGGUUAG